CGAAUAAAGGGGCGUAUAUAUGUUAGUUUUCUUGGUGCUACUUCCUCAAUGUUCAGACAGACGGCUGGCCAAGAAACUGACAGCAGCCUCAGAAUAUAACUGUAUGAUAUUGAUUUUAUAUCUACAAUAGUUAGAAGAGCGUACUGCACUAGAACAUAUUAAAGUUUCACAGCAGCAGAGAAACUGAUCGACACGGUGCAGUAAGUGACGUAGAGCUACUGAUCAGGUUUCUCUGUGCCUUCAAGAUGUCCUCAGAUAUUUAUGCAAAACCAGAUUUAUCAAAGAAGGUGAGAUACAACAGAAAGGUGGAGGAAGAUGGAGCAGAGUGGGAGGAAAGGGAGGUGAAUAUCUACGAGAGUACGGACCGUAUGGGAGACAAUCACACCGAUUUACAGUCACAGGAAGGAGGACCACAGACUCAGAAGCUUCCUCCAGUUCAAACCAGGCCUUACAGAGCUGCUGCACUGUGUGUAGGAGUGCUGUGUCUCCUGAUGAUGGCUGGGGUCAUUGUCCUGUCCACAUGUUAUGUUUCAGUCACUUUGGAAAAAGAGCAGCUGCAGAUCAGAUACAACGACCUGAACAACAGUUACACUCAGCUCCAGGGACAACUUUCAGAUACGAAAGGCAACAACAGUCAGUUACAGAGCAGAUAUGAAACACUGAGUGAAAAUCACAGUCAGUUACAGGAUGAAGUAAAGAGGCUGAAGGAGAAACUUAAAGAUGUUUCAGUCACUUUGGAAAAAGAGCAGCUGCAGACCAGAUACAACGACCUGAACAACAGUUACACUCAGCUCCAGGAACAACUCUCAGACAUGGCAGGCAACAACACUCAGUUACAGAGCAGAUAUGAAACACUGAGUGAAAAUCACAGUCAGUUACAGGAUGAAGUAAAGAGGCUGAAGGAGAAACUUAAAGAUGUUUCAGUCACUUUGGAAAAAGAGCAGCUGCAGACCAGAUACAACGACCUGAACAACAGUUACACUCAGCUCCAGGGACAACUCUCAGGUAUGAAAGUCAACAACAGUCAGUUACAGAGCAGAUAUGAAACACUGAGUGAAAAUCACACUCAGUUACAGGAUGAAGUAAAGAGGCUGAAGGAGAAACUCAAAGAUGUUUCAGUCACUUUGGAAAAAGAGCAGCUGCAGACCAGAUACAACGACCUGAACAACAGUUACACUCAGCUCCAGGGACAACUCUCAGUCGACAACAGUCAGUUACAGAGCAGAUAUGAAACACUGAGUGAAAAUCACACUCAGUUACAGGAUGAAGUAAAGAGGCUGAAGGAGAAACUUAAAGAUGUUUCAGUCACUUUGGAAAAAGAGCAGCUGCAGACCAGAUACAACGACCUGAACAACAGUUACACUCAGCUCCAGGGACAACUCUCAGAUAUGAAAGACAUGGCAGGCAAAAACACUCAGUUACAGGAUGAAGUAAAGACGCUGAAGGAGAAACUUAAAGAGAAGAGGUGUCCUGGUGGAUGGGAGAGAUUUGGAUGCAGCUGUUACUUUAAAUCCACUGAGGAGAAAACUUGGUCUGAGAGCAGGACAGACUGUCAGAGCAGAGGAGCUGAUCUGGUGAUCAUAAACAGCAAAGAGGAACAGGAAUUUGUGUCAAACCUGAAUGUGAAUGGACUGUCCUGGAUUGGUCUGACAACAAAGCAGAAAACAGGAUCUACAUGGGAAUGGGAAUGGGUGGAUGGAUCACUACUGACUGAAACGUUCUGGCCAACAAGACAGAUUGAAGAUCCCACGUACAGGUCUCGUGUAGCAUGCUGCGAUCAACAAGGAAAAUGGACACAAAGAUAUUAUUAUUAUUAUGCAAGGAACUGGAUCUGUGAGAAAUAGAUUUCCUGCUCUCAUUGAUGACAGAGGGGUGUGUGAUGUUAGGAUUAUUAUUUUUUAUCAAAUUAGACCAAAGACAUGUAAUAAUGAAACUUCCUGCAGAAGCCUCACAGUCAUCGAACUUUUGUAAAUUUGUUCCCUCUUUCUCUCCUGUUAAAUAAUCUUCAUUUAAUAGAUACUGUCCCUCUGUUCUCUACAGUGUAGACAGAGAAGUGGGGUUGGAAAUCGUCCACACAAUAAUUAAACAUUAUAUGUGAACGAGUUCGACAAAAUUCAUAUAAUAAAAGUUAAUGACAGGUUGUCUUUACUUUGGUGAAGAUACUGCAGGAAGUGUCUUUAAUGUGGUGAUCCAAGAAUCCAAGAAGGAAAUGAUUCGUAGUCUGGGUGGUAGAUGAACAUGUCAAACUUUUAUGAAUUUAGAAAAAGUUCCUUUUUUUUCCUCAGCAUAACCCCGCCCCUGAAACUGUGACUGUUAUAAAUAGCAGCGCUGCGUUAGCAUCAGUGCUUCUCCCUCUAUUGGAAAUUUUCGUAUGAUUCAUGAUAAUUGUGAUUUAUUAAUAAUCUUGACCAUUUGUGUUGUAUUUGUACAAUUGUGUCUUAUGAAAUAUCACAUGCUUAGUACUUUUCCACAUGUCAGUAAGCUGACAGGGCACCUCGCUCCAUUAAGGACAAAGGCUGGUACAAGGCUGCAAAGCUGUGUAAUCUCUGAUGCUUUUCUCUCAAGGCUGCACUGUUGUGUAGUCUUCAGAAGAUGUUUUCCUUUUUGUCUCCAGACAUAACCUUGUUUCUUUUGCAUUUAACCUGUAAUCUAUUGUACUCGGUACUCAUUGUGCAUCUCAUGCUUGAGGAGUGCAGUUGGUCCAUUUGCAAAUGUAGGAAUUAAACCUACAGAAAGACAACCGUUGUCUCUGUGCUUUAUUCAGCAGAAGAUUCCCAUAACAUCCCACUCGACUAGUUUAAGUUUUGCUAGCUACUUUGCUGUUGUCCCACAAAUCCAUCUUCCCUGGAUGCUCUAGUUUGCAGAGCAGAUCAGUCAUCACCUUAUUUAAAUUUUCAAAGGCAUUAAGAGGAGGUGGAUUAAUUUAGUGUAGAGCCACACUGAUGGAGAGCUGAGGAACACCACCAACACCUGUUUCUGCACCGACCGUUUCACUCUGGUUAGUUUUACAAACUUUCACCAGAGACAAAGGGAAUUCACUGAUAAUCUGCUGUCAGAGUGAGGCAGUAACACGUGUUGCCAUAAUAAUGUGCUAAUUAUCACAGAGUCAGUUUAGUAUCAGUGUAACAUCUUUAUACUUUGUUUUAAUAAACAUCAUUAAUAUGACUGCAUAAAUAA